AAAGCCACACAUCAGUCAUCACUCUAUCAGCAGCAGCAGACACUGCUCUGCUCCUCCGUCAGCUUUCCAGUCUCAUAAACCCCCCUCUCUCUUUUCUCAUUUUAUAUAAUUAUCAUAUAAUCAAAAUCGUAUCUUGAUGCAAAUUACAUCUUGGGGUUUUGAUUCAAAAAAAAAAAAAACUUUUUUUUGUCUCAAUUAUUCGGUUUCUCGCCCAAAAAAGGCUCCUUUUUCGCCCCCGCAAACACAACACAUCGCAAAAUGCAUUGAUGAACAAACCCGAGCCUUCAGCUCUUCUCCUUUUGUAUACUCUCGCUCUCUCUCUAUCUCCUGAUUGAUGGGUGGUUUGAUCGAUCUGAACGUAGCUGAGACGGAGGAAGAUGAAAUGCCCUCGUCGGCUUCUGGGUCUCUCUCCCCUUCUUCCUCCUUCGCGUCUGCGUCCGCUUAUGUGGUGAACGGUUCUUCGUCUUCUUCUCCUUCCCCGAGUUCGGGGGUAUGUAUGGAGCUGUGGCAUGCCUGUGCGGGACCACUAAUCUCUCUGCCGAAAAGAGGAAGCCUUGUUUUGUAUCUUCCUCAGGGGCACUUGGAACAAGCCCCCGAUUUCUCCGCCGCGUUUUACGGUCUCACUCCUCACGUGUUCUGUCGUGUUCUCGAUGUCAAGCUUCAUGCGGAGACAGCUACAGAUGAUGUUUAUGCUCAAGUCUCUCUUCUCCCUGAGUCUGAGGACAUUGAGCACAGAUUGCGUAAAGGAAGCGUGGAGAUAGAUGGAGGAGAAGAUGAUUAUGAAGUGCAUAAGAGAUCAAACACACCUCACAUGUUCUGCAAGACCCUCACUGCUUCUGAUACCAGCACUCAUGGAGGUUUCUCUGUCCCUCGUCGUGCUGCUGAGGAUUGCUUCCCUCCUCUGGACUACAGCCAACCACGGCCUUCCCAAGAGCUCGUUGCCCGGGAUCUACAUGGUCUGGAAUGGCGAUUUCGUCACAUUUACCGGGGACAACCUAGAAGGCAUUUGCUCACUACUGGUUGGAGUGCCUUUGUGAAUAAGAAGAAGCUUGUCUCUGGAGAUGCUGUGCUUUUCCUCAGAGGGGACGAUGGCCAACUGAGACUUGGAGUUAGAAGGGCUGCCCAAAUCAAAGGAGCUGCACCUCUUUCCACUCAGAAUUUACAUCUCUGGAAUUUUGCUGAAGUAGCUCCUUCCAUAUCUUCCAAAAGCGUCUUCAGCAUUUACUACAACCCCAAGUCCAGCUGGUCGGAUUUCAUAAUUCCAGCCCGUAAGUUCUUAAAGAGCGUCGAUUACCCGUUUUGCAUCGGGAUGAGGUUCAAGAUGCGGGUUGAGUCUGAAGAUGCCACCGAGAGAAGAUGCACCGGGAUUAUAACUGGAAUCGGUGAUAUGGAUCCAUUGAGAUGGCCCGGUUCUAAAUGGAGAUGCCUCCAGGUCAGGUGGGAUGAUAUCGAGGCUAACGGGCAUCAACAUGUCUCGCCAUGGGAGAUUGAGCCCUCGGGUUCUGUCUCUAAUUCAGGCAGCUUCGUAACAACUGGUCCCAAGAGGAGUAGGAUUGGUUUUCCUCCCGUCACUGACGGGAUCCGUGCAGCGGACUUCGGGGAAUCUAUAAGAUUCCAGAGGGUCUUGCAAGGUCAAGAAAUGUUUCCGGGUUUUAUUAAUCCCUCAUCGGAUUGUAUGGCUCUUAACGGUCAGACAAGAAGCGGGUUUCGUCCGCGUAAAGCCACGGGCUUUGGAGAAUCCAUUGGUUUCCAUAAGGUCUUGCAAGGUCAAGAAACGAUUCCAGACCCUCCAUCUUACCCGAACGGAGGAGGCUCUGGAAUCUAUAAUGGCGGUCAAGUUCUGAGCUUGAGAAAUAUCUGGUCGGGUCCAUGUCAGAACUUCAGUACCCGCGUGCUCCCGCCCUCCAUCCACGCUUCAUCGUCGCCGUCGUCCAUGGUGAUGUUUCAGCUAUCGAACCACGAAAACGCUGUCUCGGGCGUCGGCCCGACGCUCUCCACCAGCGACCAGAACAAGUGUUGGGACAGUGACGGUGGUUCAGGCAACUCCUCGAGAGUAGUGUCGGAUUCAUGUAAGAGCAGUUGCAGGCUGUUUGGUUUCUCACUGACAGACGAAACUCACGGUGAAAUGGCGAUAUCCGAGAAGGGCGGCAACGUAGUUAUGCCCUGCGUGGAAGGGCAGAUCGGGAUGGCCAUGAAAGGUAUUGUUCCGAGCAACCAUUCGCAGGGACGAAGGGAGAUCUACGCAGUGAGAGACAUUCUGCUGGAUAUCGCUCUUUAGCGUUCCGCGUUCCGCGUUCUGAGCUUCUAUAUGAAUUCACGACUCUGCCUUCAAAGGGGCCAUUUGGUUCUAAGACAAGAAUUUGACGUUUUGUUUGUUGCAGAAUGCUUCUUUAGAUUGAAACCGUACUCUUGUGUUGUUCCUAAAGCGUUUAAGCCCACCGAGCAUGUAAUACUGUCGGACACCCUUUUGAAGUUUUAUGUUUCUUUUUUACGGAUUAUUGUAUUUUAUUUUCCGAAAUAUGUUAAUGUCCACUAGAAA